AUGAAGAGCUUGACAUUACUUUCAGAAACAAUUGUUCCUGAAUGUAUACCAUUCGGUAAUCAUUUGAAAAGAACUUUCCAUACGAUCAAUCCAGACAACGGAGACUUUUAUUUUGUACGAUUUCCAAAUCCGUCCUUUUCAAAUGUUGAACUUGUAAAAUGUUCAGAAACAGAGACGUUAUGUCCCAAAAUAUCUGUUAUCGCAGUUUUUUCGAAUGGUGAUCCGAUACAAGAAUUAGAAGAAGUUAUAUGUGGAAUAAAAUUCUUGGUUGAUACACAAUCAAUAUGCGUUGCAUUUAUAAAUGGAGAUAUUGUCACGGUUCAUUUGGAUGGUUUAAAUGAUAAUGAUGAAAAUGAGGAAAAUGAUGAAUUGAUUGAAUUGGUAGGUUCGAUUGAUUCUCUUAUUAAAUGUAUGGAAUGGAGUCCAGAUGAAGAAUUGGUAAUUUUUGUCACUGGGAAUGAUACAAUUCUUGAAAUGACCAAAGAUUUUGAUGUCAUUACCGAGUUUCCUAUUAAUGUUGAAGAUUUAGGUGAAGCUGUUAGUAUAAGUGUUGGAUGGGGUAAAAAAGAGACACAAUUUCAUGGGUCUGAAGGAAAACUUGCUGCUCAAAGAGUUGUUGAUAUAACAAAUUUCACUCUUUCUAAUGAUGAUGAUUUCAAACCAAGAAUAUCUUGGCAUUAUGAUGGAAACAUGUUUUGUUGUUCAGCAAUUGAUACUAAUAGAGGACUUAGAGUGAUAAGAGUAUAUAAUAGAGAAGGAGUCUUACAAUCAACUAGUGAACCUGUAGAUAAAUUAUCAUAUACUUUAUCAUGGAGACCAUCUGGUAAUUUGAUUGCUUCAAAUCAAAAAUUUCCUGAUAAGCAUGAAAUAAUUUUCUUUGAAAAGAAUGGUUUAAGACAUGAAAUAUUAUGGAAUUGUGAUUCUACAAUUUUGGCAAUAUGGUUGGAAAGAGGAGACUCCCAAUCUGAAAAAUCUUCAUGUGUCCAAUUAUGGAAUAUGAAUAAUUAUCACUGGUACUUGAAACAAGAAAUUCUAAUGAAGGCUGAUGAUUCUGUAAUCAGUGUUUCAUGGGAUCCUGAGACAGCAUUAAGAUUGUAUAUUGUUACUCAAAAGAAAUUCCAUAAAUUUGAAUUUGCGUGGGAUAAUUUAUGUUCUAAUUAUAUUAAUGAGAAGAAUGCUGCUGCUAUAGCUGUUAUUGAUGGAUCUUCAGUCUAUCUCACUCCAUUCAGAUUUCUGAAUGUACCUCCACCAAUGUGUGCAUUCUCAGUAAAAUUAGAAUCACCAGCAUCAUUUGUAUCAUUUUCACCAAAUAAUGGUGGUAAUGAUUUUGCAGUACUUCAAAUUAAUCAAAUGAUAUCAUUUUUUGAUUGGGAAGGAGCUAUGAAUAAGCCUUGCACACCACCAACUUUGAUUGGUUCUAUUAAAUUGAAACUUUUGGAUUCUAAAGAUUGUGGGUUCAUAAGACAAAUAGCCUGGAUAAACAAAGAAAUUCUACUUUGUAUACUAAAUGAUCCUGAAAAUAAAUCUGAUGAUUUAUUUCUUGUGAAGAUGGAUUUUAAAGAAGAAUUUAAUCCAAUAAUUCAAUAUGUAGAAAAGAUAUGUAAUCCAUUUGUGAUUAAAAGAUUAAAUUGGAAUCCUAAAAAUGAGAAAAUAUAUUUGAUAUCAAAUGAUGGGAUAGUAUUUGAUGUGGAAAUAAAUCUAGAUCAAUUUAAUGGGAAAGAUGAGAAAAAUAAUUAUAUCAAAGUUUCUGAUUCGCCUUUUAUAUGUUUUCCCGAGCCUUGCACCUGGGUCGAAUCUACCAAAAUUGGAACAGAAGAACGUAUAGAGACCGUGAUAAUAGGUUUAAGUGAAAAUAACAAGUUGUACGCGAAUGAAAAAUUAGUUACCACGGGUUGUACUUCAUUUUUUAUCCAUAAUAAUUUUCUUAUACUCACCACGUUAAGUCAUGUUGCAAGGUUUUUGCCACUUCGUGUGAAUCUUUCAGAUCUUAAAAUUUCUGAAAGCGAGACCCUGCCUUAUGAUGAAACAAUUCGUAGGAUUGAAAGAGGAUCUAAGAUUGUGUGUGCCGUUUAUUAUGAUGUAUCAUUAAUUCUGCAGAUGCCAAGAGGAAAUUUAGAAACUAUAAGUCCACGUGCCCUAGUUUUGGCAUCUGUGCGAGAUGCUCUCAAUCAAUUAGAUUAUAAAUCUGCUUAUAUCGAUUGUCGAAAACAUCGAAUUGAUUUAAAUAUUUUAUAUGAUCAUUCGCCGGAAACGUUUUUAAAAAAUGUUCGAUCAUUUGUUUUACAAGUAGAGAAAGUAGAUUAUUUGAAUUUGUUUUUGUCAAAUCUUAGAAAUGAAGAUGUAACAUUGACAAUGUAUCCUCCUGUUGGAAACAGUAAUAAGAUUGAUAGUACUCAAGAUAUUUCUACAAAAGUCAACACUAUAUGUGAUGCAAUACGAGAAGUAUUAGAAACAUUAGAUUCAAAAACAUAUCUUAAAUCAAUAAUAACGACCUACGUUCGUAGGAGUCCUCCAGAUUUAGAAUCAUCCUUAGGUUUAUUAGUUAAAUUAAAAGAUAAAGAUCCAGAUUUGGCAGAAGAUGCAAUUAAGUUUUCUAUCUUUUUGGUUGACGCAGAUCAAUUAUUUGAUGUUGCUUUGGGAAUGUAUGAUUUUAGACUUGUAUUAAUGGUUGCUCAACAAUCUCAGAAGGAUCCAAGAGAAUAUUUACCAUUUUUGGCAGAUCUUGAGAAUUAUCCUAUGCAUUAUCAACGAUUUAAGAUUGAUGAUCAUCUUCACCGAUAUGAAAAAGCAUUGAAGAAUUUAAGUUUGGCGGGUGAUGAAAAUUUUGAAGAAUGUUUAAAGUAUAUUGUCAAACAUAAUUUGUAUAAACCAGCAAUAUCUUUAUUCUCGAAUUCUAAAGAAAAGUAUAAGAGAAUAAUGUUCAUUUAUGGAGAUUACCUUUUUAAGGAAUCGAAUUACGUUGAAGCAGGUUUAGACAAACGUAAAGCUAUUGUAGCAUAUAAAAAUGCAGGAUCAUGGCAAAUUUUGGAAGAUAAGAGACAAUAUCAAGAAGCUGCACAGAUUUUAUUAGAUUAUGUAAAGGAAACAGAGAAGUCAAUCGAAUUAUUAUGUAAAGGUCAUCAUUGGGUUGAAGCCAUACGUGUUUCAUAUUUGCAUAAUAGAGAAGAUUUAAUUCAAACAAAUAUUAGACCAAGUCACGUCCAAUUGCUUCAGGAUGUAAAUUCGAUGCUGGAUCAAUUAAACCAACAAACGACAAGAUUAAAAGAAAUAAGAACCAAUAAAGCUAACCAACCCGAACCCGAGCUACUUAAUUAUGAUAAGUCAAUAGAUAAUAUUGAUAUGUUUUCUGAUACUAGUUCGAUGGUCAGUGGGUUUUCACGUUAUACACAAUCAAAUACUCAAUUGAGCAUUCAUUCAAGUAGAAGUAGUAAAAGUGCGAAAAGCCGUCGUAGAACAGAACGGAAGAAAGCUCGUGUGGAAAUAUCAAAUCUGUUAAAAUGUCUCAUAACAUUGGGAAUAAUGAAAAGUGCUCAACAAAUUCAAAUGGUAUUUAGUAAAUUAGAAGAAUCAAUUAAAAAGAAUAUUGAUGAGAUAUUUGAUGUUCCUUUAAAUACUUCCACAGAGACUACUAUCAUGGAGGAUGAUUUAACAAUAGAUAAACAACCCACUCUUAAAGUAAUUGAAAAACCAAAAAUAAGUGAAUUAAAUUGGAAACUACAAAUUAUUAUAUAA